AUGGAUCAUUCUAUAAUUCUUGCUCCUGUUAAACAACAAAAAAAGUUUGAUGAUAAAAUGAGAAAACACAAAUCUCAACUAUUAAAACGUUCAUUAUCAAGUGAUUCAUUAUCAAUAAGUCAAACAAUUUCAAAAUAUGCUAAAACUGUUAUUACUACAGAUAAAGUUAGUCCAAUUGAUAUACAUGAAUAUUUUUUUAAUGAAAGACCAUUUUGUAAUACUAAAAUAUUAAUUAAUUCACAAAUUAUUUAUGUUGAUAAAGCAUCAUUGGCCGCUGCAUCACCUGUUCUUUGUGAACAAUUACAAUGUAAACAAGAAAAUGAACCAUUGAAAUUUGAUGAUAUUAAUUUAAAUGAUCUAUUAGAAAUGUUACAAUUUAUUUAUCCUAUUUUUGAUCCAGAAAUUAAUGAUAAAAAUAUCACUGCACUUAUUGAAUUAUCACAUCGUUUUCGUUUUGAUGUAUUAAAACAUGCAUGUCAAUAUUAUGUUUUUAAACAUUUAACAACUGUUCGACGAGUUUUAGGUAAAUGUAGUGCCUGUGGUGAUUUUAAUAAUGAUAAUAUACAAAAACAAUUUAUAAAUGAACAUGAUCUUAUUGAAUUUCGUAAUCGAACAUGUUUAGAUGCUUCAGAUGAAAUAUGUUUAUUAUGUCGUUGGUUAAAAAUAUAUUAUUAUGAUGAUAAUUCAUUAACAAUAAAAAAUGCUAUUAUAACAAUAUUAAAUCAAUGUUCAGUAAAUUCAAUUGAAAAAGUAAUAAAUUCAAUCAAUAUGGAUGAUAAAUUAAAAUGUUUUAUUUAUAAAGAGCGAGCAAGAUAUUUGGAAAAAAUAAUAAUUAAAUAA